UAUGAAGAGCUGAUGGAAUUGUUGAUAUGGAUGGUUUAGCUGGUGAGACCUUUCAGUCUUUGGAGGAAGAGGCAAGGUACUGGAAAGAUCUAGCGAUGAAAUACAAGAAAUGUUCUGAGGAUGCACAUGAAGAGCUAAAUGAGUUCCAAGAGGCUAGUCGAGAAUAUGAAGCUGAAUUAGAGGCACAGCUUAUACAGACUGAAAGCAAGAACAGAGAUUUACUCUCAGAAAAUAACCACUUACGAAUGCAACUUGAGUCAAUAAAGGAGAAGUAUGAAGAUCAACAUGCAGAAAGCUACGUGCAGAUGUCUACAAUGGAAAAUGACCUUUCACAAACUAGAGCAGUCAAAGACCAACUACAGAAAUAUAUCCGAGAACUGGAACAAGCCAAUGAUGACUUGGAAAGAGCAAAGAGAGCCACCAUUAUAUCCCUUGAGGACUUUGAGCAACGUUUGAAUCAAGCAAUUGAGAGAAAUGCAUUCCUUGAAAGUGAGCUAGAUGAGAAAGAAAAUAACCUUGAAUGCAUUCAGAGGUUAAAAGAUGAAACAAGAGACCUGAGGCAAGAGCUAGCAGUGCAAGAGAAGCAAGAAAAGCUGAAAUCUCUGCUAAAUGUGAGCUCAGGAGCUGAACGUGCUGACACUGCUGUCCGGGCAUCCACAUCUCUGCCAUCAACACCUUUGGGUCAGAAAGGAAUAUCCCCUGAACAAAACUCGCCAGUGCAAUUCAGGGCAAAUUUGGAUGAUGGAUACAGUGGGACGCCUUUGACACCAUCUGCAAGAAUAUCUGCACUAAAUAUAGUAGGGGAUCUUCUUAGAAAAGUUGGGGCCUUGGAAUCUAAACUAGCAUCCUGCAGAAAUUUUAUUUAUGAACAGUCUCCCAGCAAGCCGGUGACUCCCCUGAUGGCUCGAGUUCACAAGCUUAGGGAAAGCAAUGAAAACCGUCCUAGUAUGUCUCCAGGCGAAAAGAGGCAAGUUUUGCUAGCGAAAAGACUGGAUUUUGUGGCAUCGGUGUCCCAGAACAUUCCUGUGCAAGGGAUGCACUCUCCUCAGGGUGUAGUGAAGAUGAUACUGUAGGAAAUACAACACUGGACCUUGCUGAUUUUUAGUUGAAUU